AUUAUGUAGAAAUGACGCCAGCCCUCGCGGCGAACUCUACCGCACGGCGCGGUGGGUUGCUAAUAGUUUAAGCAUGGUGUUCAUAUAAGACGCAUCCUCUAUCUAUGGAUCCUACUAGAACAAGGGAUAACGCUACCAGCUUCAAGAGAAUAUAUUCGUUUUAGAUACAUCUUAUUUUUCCUUGUAAUAUGGAUAUCUUCAGUGAACGGUGUGGAAAUAUUAUAAAGUGUGUCGUUUAACUGUGCUGAAUUGAAUUGUUGAUGAACUUAUAACAUGAGAACAUAAUGAAGGAUGCCGUUGUGUAGAGCGCCGGCGUCGUCUUCAUCGGAAGCUAUAGUUGUGCAUGGAUAAAACCCAACUGCAAAUGAAUAUUAAACGAAGGAUGACCCAUUUUUAAACGAUUAAGCCAAUAUUCAGUUUAGAUGUUCACUCUGAUUGAUAAAAAUCACGGAAGAUGCAACUACCUCGUUUAACUCGAGUUCAUAAUUUCCGACACGCUUUCUAUCUUGGCUGAUGCCGUCGGCGAUCACGGAUUGGUUGGAUGAUCAAGAUGACGUCAGUGUUUACGAUGUGGAGAUAGAUAAGUCGUACUCGUCCUCGAAAUCAUCAGAUAAGAUGUCCACUUCGAGGAUGGAAGGACUGAGGGUACCCUCGCCUGCGUUUGUCAGAGCUGAUGCUGAAAGUCAUGUUAAUCUGGAAGAACAGAUCAUCGAGCUUCACUGUCUGGUCCAAGAGAUGAAAGAAGGCUUCGUAUUGGCAAUGCAAGAGCUCUCGAGGAUUCAAAAUGGCGAUCGGUUACUUCAAGAAACAUUGGAGAUGCACAAGUCGGACAGCGAUGCUAGGGUUGAACAACUCACCAAAAUGGUAGAAACACUGCAGAGUGACUUAGGGAAAGCGGUUGAUGACGUCAGCAAGAACAGCGAGACGACGGCGGAUCUAAAAAGACAGAUGGACGAGCUUCGAGAACAGCAAAAUGACAUCAAAAAUAAGAUGGCGGAGAAGACGGAUCGAGCAAAUGUUCCAAAUUCUCAAUCUCAAUCCCGCUCAAAUCGAUCGUCUCAAUCCGAUGAGAGUGGUUUUCAUCGAGACGUAUUUGACGACCCUAAUGACUCUGUUCCUCCUAUGCUACAACCGUUCAUCGAUUCACUCCCAGAGGCUGGUGAAAAGACAGUUGAUCCGGAACAUUCGGAUUCCGAUGACUCAACGAUCCAAGCAGCGGAUCAGAUGAUGAAACUAAGCCGAAAAUUUGCCCAGGAAUACCAUCGUCAUAGAGCUAGACUAGCAAGCCCAUCCACUGACAACUUAUUAUUCAACCGAAACUUAGGGCAGAAUGAACAGAACUCGGAGAGAACCAUAAGGAGUAGCGACAGCGAUAAAAGUAAACGUCGUCGUGUAGUAGACUCGUUGGUUUCUUCAGAGCGGAUUUAUGUUUCUAAUCUUCGAUUCAUUCAGGAAUGCAUCAUCCAACCUCUUGUUAUCGAAUCUAUUGUUCCUCUCAACGAUAUCAACGUGAUGUUCCCGCCAUGUUUUGGAGAGUUAUAUCAUGAGCAUUCGGCCUUUCUUGAUGCUUUAGAAACGAGACUGAGUGAUUGGAAGUGGAAAGGCAUUGUGGGGGAUGUCUUAGCAAGGCUAUCGGGUGGUGAUGAGUCAAAUCUGCUUAAGAUCUACACAUUGUAUGUGAAAAUGUUUCGAGACGGUUUAUCUAUGUUGGCCAACCAUCUUGGAACAUCCCAAAACUUUUAUCAGUUUAUUGAGAAACAACUUGACGAGAACGGGAAAGGGAAAAUCGAUCCCAUCACCUAUCUCAUGGCCCCGCUACAGAGAAUCUCCUACUAUGUCCAUUCUAUGAAGCGGCUCCUGAAGUACACGGCAAAGAACCAUCCCGAUCAUUUCCAUGUUGAGUCGUGUCUGAAGCAGUUGAACGGCUUUGUAAAUGAGAUCAAUCGAUUGACUUCCCAAAAUUUACCAUCACCCACGACUAGAGAACCACAGCGAGAGAGGAGAAACAGCAAAGCAUCCUUUUCGAGUAUGAGCAGCAUGGAGACCAAUCUUCGUGACAGUGGUGUCCAUUCGAUGGAAGGCGAAAAAGGUAUGGCGAACAUCUCACCCACUGAGAUCAAAGAUAUAUGGGCCACUCGGCAAUCAUCGUCUAAGAUGAGACCGAAAGGAAGGAGGAAAUCAGUGACUAGCGAGGCAAUAAACCUUGCAGAACACAAUGACCGAGGUGGUCCUGUGACUAUGAGCUUUCCUCCAAGUCAUGCUAAUCGUGAAUCAUCUUCGUACAAUGGUGUACAUUUGAGCGGGAAUGCGCAUUUGGUGACGCAGUAUCCCGAGAACUCUGUCGUCCCGGUGCCGGGAAUGCUCGGGAAAGGAAUAAAUGCUUCAAAUUUUCAAGGCCACGACAAUCGUCAACCUGGUGAUGUGAUUGACACGACGCGAAAACGACGGAAAGACCGGGCAAGAAGAAUGAGUCUUUCUCGGAUGCAAUCGUUUGGGGUUUACGGAGAGGAGGAAGAUACUGACUUAGAGCAUAUGGGUUAUGUCCCUUCGACUCCGGCCAAUGCAAUGCCAAGGACAUUAAAACAGAAUGGAAAUUCAAGGAUGAGGCAGCACAGAAAGAGCAUAGAUGGUAUGGUUGUUGGCCUUGGACACCAUCGUAUCAGUGACUCCUUAUUGGCUGCACAUCAUGCGCUUCUUGAAGGACACUCAAACUUGAAACGAAUGCAAUAUAGAAGUAGUGAUAAUGUUCCAUCUGUAGCGAUGGAAAGUGAUCCACAUUUCAUCAGUUUGGCGGAUUUGAGGAGACAUCAGUUUUCUGAGAGAAUGGACGAACCAAGGCCCUUGCCACAGCAUUUACGAACAGGAACUCAGAACCGACUGUACGCUCGGCGGAAAAGUAUUGACGUCGGCGCGCUACAAGCGCACAUCAUCAGGGAAGAGCAACUCUCGGAACUGCAACGACCGCGAUCAAGGAAAACUUCACACAGUCCGCGAUCACACUCCCCCAAAGCACCUUCGCCAACAAGAAGAACUGCUGUUCCAAGUAGAUCACAUCAUAGAGGGGAGACGCAAGAGAAGAACCCGAAUGGUCUCUCCGAGAGAGAGGCAGAUGCAAUUACGCAACAGGUGUUUGUGAGGACAUGUAACGUUCCAGAGGAGGAUUCCAAAGAUCCGAGACAGAAGAAACAGGGCCACUUCAAACUGAAAAACAUCUUCAAAAGAAGGGGACCAGGAAGCCGUGUGAUGGAACUCACCGACAACAACAACAAACCCUCAUCUAAUAACAACUACCUCAAUCCAGAGCCAGAAGAGAGAAGAAGAACUCCUAGUCCUAGACCUUCCAACAGGACCAAGAAUACACCUCAGUAUUCUAAACCUAUUGACUUGGAAUCUUAUGUUGACGAAGAUGGCGAACCUUGCAGCGCCGUCUGAUGAAACACAGAAAAAAUAUAUCAGAUUCAUAUGAAAAAUAGAAGGAGGUCGUAAUUAUUAACAUGAAAUAAAUAAUAUAUUUGUGUGAUGCAGAAAUAGAGUGAUGUUUUGUUUAUGUCACUUUUACAGUCAUACUCGUGGAAAAUACAGAUAUAAGGUAUAGCAACUUGUACGAACGAAUGGAAGUACAAGCAAUACACAUUUUUCCAUGUAGCCGAAGAUUUUGGCUGGCCAAGAUCUACCCAGCGCAAUUCACGUCAACUACGUUUAGAGCUGCCAAAGCUUUUUACAUUUUGCCACAUAAAAUAUAAGUUGGUCCUGGUUACAUGAACGUUUUGGCGAGUCAAACUGUGGAAGGAUUUAAUUAUAGCUUCAAUCCCUUCUUUGCCUUGUUAACAUUUAAAACAAAACCACGAUGCUUUGAUAUCUGAAUUUUAACCAGUCAAAUCUGUUGCCGGGAAAAACGAUUUGAUUGUCCAAAAGGCCUUCAAUGGGGAAAGUGGUAUAGAUAAAACUCAAGAUGUGGCAGAAGGUAAAUAACGGAUAAGCCGAAUAUGUUUACUUUAUGAAAUCAAUAUAACAGCAAACCCAUCCAAAUGUUUCAUGCUGUGCCCCUACACGAGCCACCUCAUUCUGAAAAUGCACAUUGAUAUACUAAAAUAAAUAUACAUUUUUUUAUAUUUCCUGCUCUCUUCAAUCAAAAUCUUUCCCAAAUUUGGUUAACAUACUCCAACUCCUCACCCUACACACAUACGUUCUCUUGUUGAUAACGACGGCAGUCGGCAAAUAAUGUCUAGUAUUUCGUCUUGCACAGAGCUCCAAAACUUCACAAUUAAUUCUGAGAAUGUUAUGGUGUGCAAAGUUAUAAACAUACAAAAUAAAUGUAUUAUUUUGGGUUAAUGUGAGUGAGGGGUAAGGGUAAGCUUUAUGAAUAGUCACCUAUAUAUUGCUGAAAGAAAUGAAAUAUUUUGAAUAGCCAAGGAAAAUGCAGAGUAAUUCGUAUUGAAGAAUUUAUAUAAAUAUUAUGUGGCUUGUUAGAGAAUAGUACAACCCAAUUUUUGAAUAUUUGAUUGUACAUGAGAUACAAUUCCAGACUACUUGAAGAAUAGAGCCCCAAACUUCUCAUACCACAUUACCUUCACUUUGUUUCUGUUCUCAUUAUUUUCCUUGAAACACAAUGAAAAGAGAUUGUAUCGUAGGGACUAGGGAGUAUUUAGUAAAGUGAGAAUGAUAUACAAGUACCCCUAUGAAGAUUAAAAACUCACACACACACACUCAC